CGCGCCCCCAUCCACUGGGCGUCGUCGCGGGGCUCGACCGAGAUCAUGGAGAUGCUGAUCGCCGCCAAGUGCGACAUCGAGGCCAACGACAAGUACGGCAUGCGGCCCCUGCUCAUGGCCGCCUGGCACGGCCACAGCGACGCCGCAAAGAUGCUCAUCAACUGCGGGGCCAGCGUCAACGCCGUCAACAAGGUAACGACUGGGGCAAUCAGCGCGCCCCGGCGACGGCCGCGAGCGAGCUGAAUGACACAGCUCCGCGCCGUCCUCCUUCCUUCCUUCAGUCUCGCUAUCGCUCUCUCUGUUUCUCUCUCUCUGUCUCUCUUUUCCUGUUUCUCCCUCUCGGGCGCCGGCGCCGCUAUUCAGCGCUCACCACUACUUUGUGACGGGAUUACUCGCGGGGAUUUCCUCGUCAAUGAGAUGGGGAGGGGCGUGGAGGGCCGUACGGCGCACAGCACUAUCGCCACUUUG